ACAAAUUGUGCAGCAAGAGUAACAAAUGUUUGAGUAAUCCUUUGCAAAUUUGAUGCGAUCACGGAACAGUAUUCACGAAAAUGUCUUCGAUGCAUUUUGUGGUUCAUCCAUUGCCUGGUACAGAGGAUCAAUUGAUAGACAGAAUCAAAGAAGUAGCCGAACGUUGGAAUAGAUAUGGCACUGGGGCAGGUUCAUCAGCCCUCAGUUCCCUGCGGGGAGUUCGGGCUGUGGCUGCGGGCCCCGCACAUAUCGCUUGCCUUCUUGAUGACGGCACCAUCUGUCGAGCUGCCUUCUCCAUCAUUCCUGAUAGACUUGACUUGAGUAAAGCUGAUGCUAGUAAAAAUGGAGGGAAUGGUGGUGGUGGCAGCGGCGGUGGAGGGACAAGUGGGGGCAAGCAAGGCGGUAGCGGCGGAGGUUGCGGCUCGCGACAGCAGCCCCGUACUAGAGCUCGGAUCAUGAGAAAUUCCAUACGAGCAGCACCUACCUCACAAGGAUCGACAAGCCGUGCAACUGGAGUUAUAAUCGGUCCAUCAGGCUCAGGCAGAGUAGUAUCGGUGCCAGCCCCAUUUGUGCCAGAAGAUUUAGUUACACAGGCACAAGUCGUGCUCCAGGGCAAAAGUCGGAGUCUCAUUAUUAGAGAAUUACAACGUACAAAUCUGGACGUGAACUUGGCGGUGAACAACCUGCUAUCACGCGAUGACGAGGAGGGCGAAGAGCCGGAAGGCGGCGAAGGAGGUGACGGGUACGUGCCCGAGGACCUCAUAUCCCUGCUCGACGGCGGCUUCCACGCGGCGCAGCAGGAUCACUCCGUCAUCAUCGACGCAGACGCCAUGUUCUCUGAGGACAUCUUCGGGUACGCGGCUAUCAGAAGCCGUAGUGGUGGUGGCGGUAGCAGUGGCGGGCGCGGGGGCGCCAGCCGCGAAAGCAGCAGCUCCACGCAAGAGCGGCCUUCGGAGUUCAGCCGUUGGCGCGAGCGACAGUACUUCGGUCCGAGGCGAUGGCUGGAGUCGGCACUGCGAGACACCUCGUGGGAUAAAGAUGGAGUUUGUUCCACAGGUGAAAGUAAAAAGAAAGACUCUGCCAUGACGGCAUCUCCGUUGUGGGUGUCAGAGGAACUGGAGUAUUGGGACAGCAACAUCCGUUUUACGCACAUCGCGGCAACAUAUAGCGAGCUUAUUGCUGUGUCCACUAAUGGUCAACUGCAUCAGUGGCGCUGGGCUGAUGCGCAUCCCUACCAGCGUAAUGACCCUUCUGGUUCCGGCGUGACAUACCAUCCUCGCGCAAACUGGUUGGGUAUGGGGUUAGGGGAGAAAGUGGUGAACAUCAGCGCGGCUGGCAUUCGGAUCUCCGUGCUCACCGACGCGGGAAGGAUCGCUACGUUCCUUGAUGAGUCUAUUGCGCACGCUCCUGGAGCUUCUCGUUUGGAACACCCCAUGCAAACAUUCUCAGAGUUUGGGUCUGACAAAGCCAUAUCUCUGCACGUCUGUUCGCUUUACACAGUGGCGAGACUUGAGUCUGGAGCUCUUUAUUGGUGGGGUGUACUUCCGCUGGGUCAACGCGCUCGCUUGUGGGAGAAGCACCGCGCUCGCUCGCGUAAACAACAGCGUGGUCACUCCUCCGCCACGCCUCAGGAUCUGCAAGCGGGACAGAGCGUCACUAUGAAGAACGCACCCAUGUAUCAACCUGGUGCUAUUGGCUUCAACAUGUCAACUGGCGUACCGAAGGUGGGCGUGUUGCAAAACGCCGCGUGGAACCUCUCGGAUAUGUGUCGUUUCAAGCUGAUGCCGCCGCCGCAGCCUGACCGCUCGGUUUCUGAUAAGGAGAAGAGGGAGUUACAGAAUCAGUCCCCACUCACGGUAUCAUCGGUAAAGGCGUCAUCCUCGAACAGCAACUCUAAAGACAGUGGCAAAGACAUGGCCGAUAGACUGGACAUGCCGCCGCCGCCCAGCCCCGCCUCUUCCACGUGCAGCGAUACCAGCACAUCACAUAAACGAGCCAAACGCGUGACUGUCCGGGGAGAGGAAGGCUCCUCCAACGACGGCUCCAAACGUGACGAAGAGGAGUGGCCGCUCAAGGAGGUUGUAUUCCUGGAGGACGUGAAGAGCGUGCCGCUUGGCCGCGUGCUCAAAGUCGACGGCGCUUACGCCGCUGUUCGAUUCCCGACCGUUGGGAAAGAUGGCAAAGAAAUCGUUCCUUCCACCCCGGAUGAUUGGAUGACGUUGUUGCAAGAUUGCCGUCUCGUGCGCAAGGACGAUUUAGUUGCGGUGAAGUGGGGCGCGGGAGGGGCCGCUGGCCCUCGUGGUCCUGAUUGUCUGCAGCGUUCGCCAAGGAAGAUUGCUUUGCCUCCAGAAGUUCAAGUCAUUACCAUUGCUGUGGACAACCGUGGCGUACAUGCUGUAGUUCGUCGCGCAGGUGGUGCGCUCGCGUACGCUGUGUACGCUGUGGGAACCACGCGCGCUCUUACCGACAGUACCUUCCCCACUGACAAUACCGCAUUGCUUGGGCAUUCUAACGGACAGGCUAUACAUCUUGCCACCGCUGCUGAGGGCAGCGAGCCCGUAGUGAUGAUGUUGGAUGGGAACGGUGCGCUGUACCCAGUAGCACGCGACUGUGUAGGCAUGGUGCGCGAGCCGCCGCCACUCAACCUACCGCCAGCACGGGCGUUGGCUGCGCACGCGCUGCCGUUGCACCCACAUGGCGCAGCGCAUUCGCACCAUGCUGCGCUCAAGUCGCAGGUGGCACUAAUAAUAUUAGUACCGGAGCCACAACUGAUGAUGCCGCGCGUUCUGCGGUGUGAUCUUGAAGGAGUACGUACGCUACUGCAUCAACUGGAGGCUGACUCUAACAAACAACAAGUCUUAUCGAUUCUCCAAGAACGUUGUGAUGGCAACAGAAACAUACUACACGCUUGUGUGCACAUGUGUGCUCCUACGUCUAAUAAGGAACCUGACAUAGUUGAGAAUUCGAUGCCGAAUCUGGCAGGCAACCCCGGCAGUGGCGCUAGCGCAGAGGAAGCGAUGCCGGCGCUCUCCUGGCCGCCGGAGACCUUCGAAGCGUCUGGAGAUGAGGACAGCCUGAUGGGACUUACUAAUAACGGCAAAAUGUCAAGCGGCGGCAACAGCGGCAGCGGCGCCGUGAGCGCAGAUCCUGCUGAGCGUCGCGGCAAUGCCCUUUCGGCCCUGCGUGCCCUUUGCGAGAGUCCUGUACUACAGCCUUACUUAAUGCAACUACUUACUGCUAAGGAUGGAAUGGGCCAAACUCCCCUAAUGGCGGCUGUAGCGGAACGGGCAUACCGUGCGGCUUUAGUUCUUGUAGACGCGAUUCGCGCAUGCCCGGAUGUGGAUGAGGCCCAGCGUACCGCUGCCAUAUUCCCUCCCACAGCGCACCCCGAUCACUCUCCGCUUCUCGUUCUCUGCUGCAAUGAUACCUGCAGCUUCACGUGGACCGGACAGGAGCAUAUCAAUCAGGAUAUUUUCGAAUGCAAAACUUGUGGACUCACCGGAUCCCUUUGCUGUUGCACUGAAUGCGCUAAGGUGUGCCACAAGGGCCACGACUGCAAGCUAAAACGCACAUCGCCGACGGCCUACUGCGAUUGCUGGGAGAAGUGCCGCUGCAAAGCUCUCGUUGGCGGCAACUGGACCGCGCGUUGCGACUUGCUCGCACGCCUUGCUAGGGAUACUAACCUCGCUACACACUUCAACUCCAGGGGCGAGUCAGUCCUGCUGUUUCUUGUACAAACUGUGGGACGACAAGCCGUAGAGCAACGUCAAUUCCGCGCAGGCGGCGGGCGGGGCCGCGGGCCGCGCAAGCAGCCUGGCUCCGACGCAGAGGUCGACGCUCCCGAUCACGAUCUCGAGCCACCACGAUUCGCAAGACGCGCGUUGCUGCAUUUGCUUGGUGACUGGCCUGCUGUGGAGGCGGCGAUAAUGUGCGGAUCGUCGUGCGGCAGUGGCGACGGCGAAACCCGCUCCGGGAGUCCCGCACCACACCAGUCUGGGACCACUUUGUUGGACAAAUUCACGCAUGCACUUAUCGUGAAGUGCACUAAUGAAAUGCUAGACACCCUGCUGCACACUCUUAUCCGCGAGCAACAGAAUGAAACGAUCCCGGGGCGCGCUGAGCGUGCCCGCGAAGUAGCGCGUCGGUUUGUGCGCUCCGUCGCAAGGAUCUUCGUCAUAUUUAGCGUUGAAAUGGCGCCGGGAGCUGCAAAGAAGAAGGGGCCGUUAUCUAUAACAUCGUCACUCGUCCGGUGUCGGCGAGUUUUCGCAGCCUUAGUGGCACUCGCAGUCGAAGAGUUAGUGGAAGCCGCAGACGCCCUUCUGGCCCCAGUACGACUAGGCGUCGUACGACCCACCGCGCCAUUCCCCUUGGCUACCACAUACGUAGACCUUGUCAAUGGCAGCGAGGACUUGUUUGGUGUUGAACCACUCUCGACCGGACAUUCACGACUAGCACACGCCAGACGGGAGUCAAGUGUCGCCGGAGCUCGCGGCAACGUAGCUAGUGGUACAUCAAUGGGCAGCUCUACUCUAGUGCCCGACCGGUCCUCGACGCCCGUAGCGACUGAAUACGCAGAUGACGUCGCCGGUGAAGCUCUGGGUGGCGACGAUGACGCGUCAGAGACUGAUGAACCGAAUGCGCCUGCGCCUGUACCACCUACUGAUGCUCAACAUGAUGAUGCUAUGGGCGACAGAGGUCAGGAACAACAUGUCGUGGUCGAGAACGGCACAGAACGCGCCGAAGGCGGAGAAAGUGAGAGCGAGUUAGAUCUGCUUGCUGAGGUUGAAACAGAGAGCGAUUCCGAUGAUCAAGACAACGCUGAAUCGGCCCAGCGCAGUGUGCAGACCGGCGCAACACAGGGUUCCGACGCCGGCAUAGCGUCCCUGCUGCUGUACCCCGAGGAUGAGAGUGGCGACUCCACACAGCCCGAAGACGAGGAUUCAGAAGCCGGAGAAACAGAUGAGCAAGAUGGUGAAGCCGAACCGCCGUUACCGGAUGGCGAACCACUCGAACGCCGCACCGCACCGCCAUCUAGACCGAAUUUGGCCCCGCACUCCAUGCAAUGGGCUAUACGUUCUCGCGAGUCGAACCGUGGCACGAGCGGCAACGCCAGUGGCGUGCGUCUGACGGGCGGGUCCUCUUUGGUGUUCAUCGACCCCGCGUCGCUGCGUCGCUCAGCCGCGGCAGCUGCCGCCGGCGCCCAUGAUCCACACUCUACCUCCACAACUGCGUCUUGUUUGGCUAGAGCUUUCGGAAUUGUGAUCCGACAAAUUGCGGAUCUGUUGUGGGAGUACGAGCGCAUAACGCUACCGCUACCUCGCAUGCUGCCACUCGAGUGCAGGGAGGCUUUGCGUCUACAGUGUUACCUCGAGAGGCAGCUCAAGCCCACCUGGGACUGGCUUGUUACUGUUAUGGACGCUACUGAGGCGCAGCUCAGAUUCGGCGCGUCCCUUACGUCGAACAACGCGGGCACCUCGACAGCUGAAACCAGCCGCGUCGCGGCACCGGCAGCUCGCCGCACUACCUCCUUCCCCUCGCCUGCCACCCGCAUCAUCAGUUUUACCGAAGGACCUCGUGCCAGAGAUCGAGAACAAGUUACAGGUGUGGAGGCAGGCAGCGCCCGUCGCGAGUUUCUGGCGUAUUGCUUGUCAUUGCUGCGCGCGCACAGCGCCGAGCACGCAGAGCAACUUCCGGUGCUAGACGUUGCGGCGCUAAAGCACGUAGCCUAUGUGCUCGACGCGCUUGUCUACUACAUGCGUGCUGCGCAGCCGCAGCCCCAUCACCACCCGCAUGUCUGGCCACCUGACGAGAAUGAAAACGAAGAAGGUGACGAAGAAAUGGUGAUGGGAGGUGCAGCGGCAGCUGAAUCUGAUGGAGAAGGCGACGGCGCCCGCGGACGCACUCACGGGUUCUUCCAACGAUCAGAUUCUACAUUGUGUCUUGGUUGUCCACCGCCCGAUCCGUUUAACAUGACAAUGCAAGAUGCGCUGCCAUUAGCAGACCAGCCACAGUUGCUGCAGCCCAACGCGCGGCGCGAGGAACUAUUCGGCAUGCCGCGCCAGCCGGUCACUGUGCCCUCAUCUGGCGACGCGCCGCCGGGCGUUAACAACCCUCUUGAAGUGGUACCGCGCCGACUUGGCUUGUCUUCUCGCGGCACGGAGCGUGACUGGUCUCCCCCCGCACGUCCCGCCUCUGCGCCGCCGACUCAUUCGCAUACUAUGACUAGAGACGAGCCACAGGACUUAUCAUGCGCAAAGGAUACAACUACAAAAAUGGAAGUUGACACUGACGGCGAAUAUCUUUCCGAUUCUGACUCAAAUGAAGCUAGACAAAUCCCCAGGAAGAAGAUACACAGACAUCCGCAUUCCGGUGGCAGCAAUUCAAUGCAAGAAACGAGCGCACCCCCUUCAGAGUUCCACACGCUGGUCGAUACCGCUUGUUCAAUUAUUGAGUCGCCACAUCAACAGGCUGCUUCACCCAUACCUGGUCCCAGUGGUUCGGGCUCGUCGACUGCGGAACCCCGGGCGUCUUCCUCCCGCAGCCCCGGCAAGACUGUCAUUGUACGUGCUGGUGAACUUCUAAGCGCGGCGGAUCCGUUGGAGUCGCAAGAAAUCUCAGCUCAUGUAACUGUUGAGACGACUGGGCUACCUCCACCACCUCUGCUGCCGCCUCUUAGUGCACCCGCUCAACCGCGCGCAUGCCCAUCCCUUGGCGCUUCGGUAUCUCACGAUCUGCUCCUGGGUCGCUGGCGUCUGUCUCUCGAUUUGUUCGGCCGCGUAUUUACUGAGGAUGUAGGCCUGGAGCCCGGCUCUGUAGUGGCCGAGCUUGGCGGAUUCCCUGUCAAGGAAGUAAAGUUCCGCCGCGACAUGGAGAAACUAAGGAAUUCACAACAACGCGAUCUAACCUUGCACAAGAUGGAACGGGACCGUGCGAAGCUACUGCAGCAGACAUUUGCAGAGCUGAACAGUGCGUUCGCGGGGCAGAACCGGCGCGCCCACAGUGCGCUACCCCCACUCGCCGUUAACCGCGUUAAAGUCACUUUUCGCGACGAACCAGGAGAAGGCAGCGGCGUUGCGCGCUCGUUCUACACUAGUGUUGCAGAGGCGUUAUUAGCUAAUGAGAAGCUGCCGCCACUGGAGCCGACCACGGGUAGCGGCAGCAACAGCAAUAGCACCAAUGGUACUGCUGGUCCGGCAGGCACCGCGGCAGGGGGUACAAGUACCAGCAGUGGCGCUAGAAGCGGUGCCGGACGAGCUCGUUCGAAAGACACGACACGCCGUACACCAGGCCGGCCAACGCCGCGCCCACCAACCGCCCGCGAGCCGCGUCGCGUUUUAAGCGUUGACGCCAGACCUUACUCGCCUCAGGCGGCACCCGGCACAGAAGGCGCUGGCUACAGUGGAGAUAGACCCGGAGGACAUAAUGAGCAUCUCACUCUACACCAAGCUCAACUAGGCGAAAGACUUUAUCCUAAGGUUCAUUCCCUGCACCCUACAUUCGCUGGUAAAAUAACGGGCAUGUUGCUCGAGUUGACGCCAGCACAGCUGCUGGUUCUACUCGCUAGCGAGGACGCGCUCCGGCAGAAGGUGCGCGAAGCUAUGGAUCUUAUUGUCAUGCAUCCAUCUGAAGCCAUAUUGGAUUUGGACGUGUUUUCGCUAUCCGAACGCGGCGCAGGUGUAGCGGGCAGUGCCACAGUAGGCGCAGCGCUCGACGACGCCGCACCGCUAUUCUAUUCCCCGGGCAAACGAGGUUAUUACUCGCCAAGACAGGGGCGCGCUACACCAGAGAGAAUUAAUGCGUUUAGAAAUGUCGGAAGGAUUAUUGGCCUCUGCUUACUUCAAAACGAGCUGUGCCCCAUGUUCCUGAAUCGACACGUCCUUAAAUACUUGCUAGGGCGGCCGAUCAGAUUCCAUGACCUAGCGUUUUUCGACCCGGUCGUGUACGAGAGUCUCCGGCAACUCGUCGUUGACGCCGAGACUGGCGACUCGCACUCGCUUUUUGCUGCGCUCGAUCUUAACUUUAGCCUAGAAAUGUGCGAGGAGGAAGGUGGUGGGUGCGUAGAGCUGGUGCCGGGCGGGCGUGAGUUGGAGGUGACCGCGCUCAACGUAUAUGACUACGUACGCAAAUACGCGCAACAUCGCAUGCUCAUCUCCCAGGAGAAGGCGCUUGAGGCGAUGCGAAUGGGAGUACUGGACGUCCUACCCGAAACCGCCUUGGAAGGUUUAACGGCAGAAGACUUACGGCUACUUCUGAACGGUGUCGGUGAUAUCAAUGUAGCUGCGCUCGUCUCCUACACCAGCUUUAACGACGAGAGUGGCGAGCCACCCGAGCGGCUAGCGCGCUUCAAGCGCUGGCUCUGGGCCAUCGUUGACAAAAUGACGCAUCUAGAAAGACAGGACUUGGUUUAUUUCUGGACGGGUUCGCCGGCACUGCCUGCAUCCGAAGAAGGCUUCCAGCCAAUGCCAUCGGUGACAAUCCGACCAGCCGACGAUGCGCACCUGCCCACCGCCAACACCUGCGUCUCGCGGCUCUACAUCCCGCUUUACUCAUCGCGGCACGUGCUCAAACAUAAACUGCUGCUCGCCAUCAAGACUAAGAACUUCGGCUUUGUGUAAACUUCCUGCCUCUCACCUCUCGUAGUAUCUCUUUAGUUUAAGCCCAGUCACGUAAGACUGCCGUUGUAUUUUAUUGUGACGUGAAUGCUAUCAAAUAGCCCUAAAUGAUAGAUAACCUUAUAUUCAAUGCUGAAGUAUGUUUUAUGUACUCUAGAUCACUUUUUCUUCGCGUGACUGGGUAUUUUGACUGAAUAGUAAUAUUUAUUACACAGUAAUUCUUUUGCUACAGGAACAGUCAUGAUUAAGGUCUGCACAAGUACAC